ACCAGUCGGAGAGCCGUUGAGAGGUCGUGAGAAAAACGCACUGGGGAUUGUGCGCUGGAAAAACGCAGAUAUUAAUUUUAUUUAAAACAUAAAAGUGCACAAUUAUUGCAAGUUAAUAAGUUGGUGAGCAGGCCGAUGCAAUAAUUACAGCAACAAACACACAAAAUAAGUGAAACAAACACGUAGAACGCGACAAAGCGCAGAAGACAAAAUAGGCGAGGACGUCAGCGGCGACGUCGACGUCAACAAAAUGUAUACAACAGCGUUGCAGGCAGAGGAGCUGCAUUGAAACAGAGACACAGAAACUGUUGCUACCAGAACGGGGAAUAUAUAGUAGACAGUUUAUACUUACAAACAUAUAUAGGUUAUAUAUAGUUGGCUAUAUAAAUGCAAACUGUUGCUGUGCGAGUGAGAGAGCGAGAGAGUGUUAGAAAAAUGAGCUACGCUAAGGGGGAGCGCGGCUGCAGCGCUUACAGCCAGAAUCUGGAUCAUGCACUCAGCAGCCGCGAGCGGCAGAGCGAGCAACUGCGUCUCAAUCCGGAGUACAGCAUAUUCAGGCAGCGCCUGCACGCAGCCGAGAAUCUAUAUCAUCGCAAUCUGGAUGGACAUUUUGGUUGUGUGAAUGCGCUGGAGUUUAGCCAUGGUGGGCAGUUCUUGGCUUCAGGUGGCGAUGACAAGCGCGUGCUGCUGUGGCAUGUGGAUCAAAUGCUGGCCAAUGUGGGUGAAGUGGAGCCCAUUGCCAUGUACGGCGAGCAUGCCAGCAAUAUAUUCUGUCUGGGCUUUGAUACAACCAACAGCUAUGUGUUCUCUGGUGGCAACGAUGAUUUGGUUAUACAACAUGAUCUGCCCACCGGCAAGAACCUCAACUAUCUGCCACAUGAUGGGCCCGUCUAUGGACUCAGCGUAGAUCGCACCAGCACCAAUUUGUUUAGCGUAGCCACCGAGCAUGGUGAAAUUUUAGUAUAUGAUUUACGCAUUGGCAAGACUGAACCUUUGGCCAUUGCCAAAUAUCGCACACCCUUCAAUGCCGUCGAAUUUCAUCCGCUUAACGGUCACUUUCUGGCCACUGCCAAUGCCAAGCGUGGCGCUCAGCUCUGGGACUUGCGUCAUCAUGCGCAACCAAUUUGCCAGUACAACUACAUACCCGAAUCUCCCAGCUGCAUGAGCGUGCGCUUCAAUUGCAAUGGCAGCUUAUUACUCACCUUGCAUCGACGUCUGCCCCCCAUACUCUAUAACCCGAGCUCACCCGAACCUGUGGCCUGCUUCUUUCAUGAUGAAUACUUUAACAGCUGCACUAUGAAGAGCUGCACCUUUGCUGGCCCACAGGAUGAGUUGCUGGUCUCGGGCUCGGACAACUUUAACAUGUAUAUGUGGCGACUGGAGGGCGUGGACUUGGAGCGCAGGAAUCAAUGGAUGGAGGUACCACCUGUUAUACUCACCGGACAUCGUUCCAUAGUCAAUCAAGUGCGCUACAAUCGCGAGCGCUGUCUGCUAGCCUCCUCGGGCGUGGAGAAGAUCAUCAAGCUCUGGAGUCCCUUUGCUCAGCAGGGCUGGCAGGGCAGCUUGCUGCAGCCGCCCGAGACUUCCUAUUGCACGCGUACGCUGCAUCGCAACGCCUCGGAUAAUGUUUCCCAAGACUUUACCAUGCGCAACAUGGAGGAGGAUCAGGUUAUGCUCGCCUUCUUCGAUACGCUCGUGCAGCGCGAGCUGGAAACCUGGCACAGCAACAGCAGCAAUGGCAAUGGCUAUCAAACGGGCAGCAGCGACAGCAGCUCCAGCUCCAGCACAGAGCACACCGACAGCAGCACAGAGUCCGAGGAGGACAGCGAGGGGGAUACGCCCAAUGUAAGCGAGCUCAGCUGGCAAACGCAUCCCAAUCGCAUAUUCUAUUUGAUUGCCAAGAAGCGACGCGCAUUGAUACAGCUUGCGGUGAAAAGCACCGGCGGUCAGCAGCGCAAGGUGGAGCAGUUGCUGGCACGGCUGAUGGGCGAGCAGCGUCACGUGGCCACUCAGGCGCGCAUUACCGAAUGGCUAGAGGAAACGCAUCGACGCUUUACCGAUGAUGAGCUGCCCACCACUUCAGCGGAGGCGGCCGCCAGGGAACGCAUUCGUCGCAUGCAGAGCUUACAGUCCACCAGUCGUUCGGUGCGCCACAACACCGAGCAGUGCAUGAUUGGUUCACUUCAGGUUAACAUUAAUCGCCUGGAGCAGAAGCGUAAACUGAUGCAGCUACGCUAUGCGGCCAUCAAGCGUCGUCGCAUACGCUCCAUGCGACGUCUGCGUCGCUAUGAACUGCAGGAUGAGAACACCAGCGACUGCUUGGAGGCUGAUGGCGAGCUGGCUACAACUAAUGGCAACAGCGAUGUGGCCGCUGAUAAUGAUGAUAACGAUACGUCCAACACCUCAAUGGAGGCGCAGCUUUCGCAAGCGCCCAGCACUUCAAGUCGCUAUGUUUUGGAAUCAGAGUCUGAAAACAACAACAACAAUAAUAAUAAUAAUAAAGUUGGCAAUAGCAUGGCCACUUCAUCAUCCACAUCCUCAUCAAAUCAAGCAAAUAUCUAGAUGUUAGCAUUAAUACAAAAUCUGUUUAGAAGUUUACUAAUCCAAGUCCCAGCAGCGCUUGUUGAAUUUCAUUUAUCUGCGAUUUUUUUGUUUUUUAAUUUAAGUUGGCAAAUAUUUAUAUUUGUUUAAGUAUU